AUACUAAAUGAAGCCGUCUUAAAUUCUAAGUAUUAUCCGAAACGGCGUCGUUUUGCCCUCCUCCGUUACCGUUUACCUGUUUCUUUUCGUUUCGUUUCUUUUCUUUUCUUCUUCAAUCCACUUUCUUCUUUUUUUUCUUUUUUGGCUUUCUCUAUUUUCCAUUUGCCAAAGAACCGAGUUGGCAAUGAGUUCUGAUCUCAAACUGCAAAAAUCAGAAGCUGUAGCUUAAUCGAGUUCGAGUUUCGAGCUCGUGCUUGGAUCUGUUUCCUUUUCUUUCUAAUUUGAUUUUCUUAUGUUUAUUAGAAAGUGAAUUGAAUUGAAUUGAUGGAUCUGAGAGGUUCCGUUUUGUUCUUGGCGAUUAUUCUGAUUGUUGAAACAUGCUUCGUCGUUGCGAAUGGGAAUUUCGUGUUCCAGGUGGAGCGUCCAAAAAUGCGUUUGGGAUUAAGCGAUGUUAGGGCGCGUGAUGAUCGUAGAAGAGAUAGGAUUCUCUCUGCGGUGGAUCUCAACCUCGGCGGCAAUAGUCAACCUACCAAGACCGGGCUGUAUUUUACAAAACUUGGGCUUGGUUCUCCUCCAAAGGACUACUAUGUUCAGGUUGAUACAGGAAGUGACAUUCUCUGGGUAAAUUGUGUUGACUGCGCAAGAUGUCCCAAGAAAAGUGAUAUUGGUAUAGACUUGACUCUCUAUGAUCCAAAGGAAUCCAAAACUUCAGAAUUGGUUCCUUGUGACCAUGAAUUUUGCUCUUCCACAUACGAUGGUCCAAUUCCUGGUUGCAAGGCUGAUAUUCCCUGCCCAUACAGCAUAACUUAUGGGGAUGGAAGUGCAACUUCUGGAUACUACGUGCAGGACUACCUUACUUUUAACCAUGUUAGUGGUAAUCUCAAUACCGCACCGCAAAAUAGCAGUGUCUUUUUUGGGUGUGGCAAUGUACAGUCUGGGACAUUGGGAUCAUCUUCUGAUGAAGCCCUUGAUGGAAUAAUUGGUUUUGGACAAGCAAAUUCUUCGGUGCUUUCACAGCUUGCUGCAUCUGGAAAGGUGAAAAAAAUAUUUUCACACUGCCUUGACAAUGCUAAGGGUGGUGGAAUAUUUGCCAUAGGAGAAGUGGUGGAACCAAAAGUCAAAACAACUCCAUUGGUACCAAGAAUGGCACACUACAAUGUCAAUUUGAAGGAUAUUGAGGUUGGUAGUGAUAUUCUACAACUUCCGACAGAUAUAUUUGAUUCUGGAAGUGGGAAGGGAACUGUAAUAGACAGUGGAACAACCUUGGCUUAUCUCCCAAGCAUGGUUUAUGACCAACUAAUUUCAAAGGUCUUGGCUGCGCAGCCUGAACUGAAAUUAUAUCUCGUUGAGCAACAAUUUACUUGUUUCGAGUAUACUGGAGAUAUUGAUGAUGGAUUCCCAGUUAUCAAGUUUCAUUUUGAGGAUCUACCUGUUCCUGUUUAAGGGUGAUAUCUGGUGUAUUGGAUGGCAGAAAGGUGUCUCACAAAGUAAAAAUGGAAGGGACAUGACUCUUCUUGGAGAUUUGGUGCUAUCAAACAAACUAGUCGUAUACGACCUUGAAAAUAUGGCCAUUGGAUGGGUUGACUACAAUUGCUCCUCUAGCAUUAAAGUGAAGGAUGAGAAGACUGGAACAGUAUAUACAGUGGGUGCACACAAUCUAUCUUCAGCUUCUACCUUCUUAAUUCGAAGAAUAUUGACAUUCUUUGUGUUGCUAAUUCCCGUGUUAAAUUGUUUAACUAACUAGGUUGUUCUUGUGUUAUACGAGGGAUGUGUCAUUCAUUCGAUUUUUGUUGUACCAUAAUUCGUUUUGUGAUAAAUGUGCAGUGUUAAUGAUAUGGUAUAGUUUAAAUAUUUAUCAUUAA